UAUGAAACACAAUUAACAACUUCCAAAUGCUCAUAUGAGAAAACAUUGGACUAGAUUUGUAAAGACAUUUUAUAAUCAACCAGCAGCUAAAAGAAGAAGAUAAUUAAGAAGAAGAACAUAAGCUUUAUGUAUGUGCUUUAUUCAAUAAUAAUAAUAGCUGCAUCUCCAAGACCAGUUGAGCUUCUUCGUCCAGUUGUGAGAGGUUAAACAAUAAAAUAUAAUAAUGUCUAAAAACUUGGAAGAGGAUUUUCAUUGAUUGAAUUAAAGGAAGCAGGACUCAAUGCAGCAUUUGCUAGAACAAUUGGAAUUUCUGUUGAUCAUAGAAGAAGAAAUUUAAACUAAGAAGAAUUGAAUAAUAAUGUUAAGAGAUUAAAGGCAUAUCUCUCAAAAUUAGUACUUUAUCCAAGAGUUGCAGGUAAACCUAAGAAUGGAGUUGUUAAAGAUUCUACAAAUGAAGCUGUUGCUUAACCAGUUGCUUAAAAUACAAAUCCAGAGGUAGGAAUAUAGCUAUAUUAAAGGUCAUCACAUUCUAAAGAACACCAAAAAGAGAAAAGGCCACUGUAAUUUCAAAAGAAUUAAGAGCAAAGAAUGUUUACAGAAGAAUAAGAUAGGAAUGGUAUAAUGCUAAAUUUGUUGGUGUUAAAGAGAAGAGAAAGUAAGCAAAAGAAACAAAAAAAUGAC